CCUCGGUGUCUCUGCCUCUUUUAGGGCCCUGAUAUUACCGAACUUUCCCUCGUCUAUGAAUUAAUCUAUUACCCUACCUAUCCACCAGUAUGAGGUAUGUACAUACAACCAAAUUACCUUACUGCCACCCUAUCAGGAAGAACCCCGAUACUAGGUGCUAAGCACAGAGAUUAUGCCGCCGCUCCAUGAUUGGACGGAGAAACGCUAGUUGCGGUGACUUGACUUGCCCGACAUCACCGGUGAUAUCUGCAAAAGUGGAUCAUGAGUUUGAUAACAACGUUCGGUUCUUCAACUCUUCUAUUGUGUAAACUAGUAGUAGUAUGGAACAAUAUCCAGAUUUCGGAACGACCAUCCGGUCACAUUGGAUCCAAUGCAAAUGCCGAGCGGUGUUUGUUCGAUUGGGGGCUGUGAGAUCUUCGGUGAUAGUGGUGGUAGUAGUGUGUUUCUAGGACAAGUCCCUUUUUUUUUGCCUUUCAGUUUCUCUUUCCUUGGUCUUGUUUACGUGCGUCUCAACAUAUCCACGGGAUUAAGCCGAGGGCUCAGAUCACAACUGUCUGUGCAGAACUCAACCAUGGAAAACUCAGUCCGACAACAUGUAAUCUCCGUAUUUGAUAGGCACAAAGAAGAAGACAAUGAGGAAUCGCCCGAUCUGAAUGCAACGUCCUCGAUCUCCAUGCAGUGGAAAGCGGCCACAUGUCCCGACAUGGAUGACAAACGCUGGGGUGGAGCAACACUAAGCGGAAACUAACGCCGCUGUUGAGAACUUGAGAUUCGCUCUAACAAGCUCACUAG